UUGUAUAUUGCAAUAUAUAUCAAUAUUGCAAUCAGUUGUCAAUUACUAUGUUGAAAAUCCAGGCUAAUGAGUUCAUUUGUUUUUUUUACUUGUAUCUUGAUGUUCCUUUUCCAUCUUGAGAGUGGGGGAUUUGCCUAAAAGAAACAUGAUGGAAAAACUUUUAUAGUUACUAGGUCUAUUCGUUAUAUAGUUCAGUAUAGCAUGAAUACACUUAUUUUCACUUAAAGCCUGGCUAAUAUAAAAUAUUAUUAAUAUUCAGGAUGCUUCCUGAUUGACAAAUUUGUCUCGCAUGCCGUCGCUUCCAUUUCACAUGCCACUUUGGCUUUGAUGAUGGGAAUGCAGUGGACACACUGAUGCAUCCUUCUCUCUCUGAGAGUGCAAUACUGAAGCCCAUCAAUGUUGUAGAGCCUUGCUGAAGACUUUGGUACCCUGCCAUGUCAGAAUGAAAUGCCAUGUCUGUGCCUACAGAGAAGACCUGUGGUUAAGCUUUUUGCUGCUCUCUUUGCUAACCCUUUGUGAACAGUUAUUUGGAUCUUGAGUUCAUUUUUUAUUCUGUUUUUAGGACGUGCACUGGCAGGUCGAUUGCUGCUUCCAGAGCAACCCUACUUCUCCACCAGCUCUUUUCCUGUAACAUAAUUAAUGCUGAUUUUAAGAGAACAUAUUAAAAAUGAUUAAUACAAAGAAGGGCUAAUAGCUACACACAAUCAUAGCCCCACAGACACAAUGCUGCUGAAGAAGGAACAGAAAGACGCUGAGCUGGACCGGAAGAUUGAAGCUUUGCGCAAGAAGAAUGAAGCCCUCAUGAAGCGCUAUCAGGAGGUGGAGGAGGAUAAGAAGCGGGCAGAGCAGGAGGGCAUGGCUCUGCAUAGCCGGAAAGGGAAAGUUGAAGACCUCAUCAUCACCAUCAACAAGUCCCCAACAGAAAAGCGUGUGGUGACCAAGAAGGGCUCAGGGGGCACAAGCCCCAAAAGCCCACAGGAGCAGGGAGAAACAGGGUCUGCCAUUUUCAGUGCUGGCCGGGGCAAACGGAGGCAGCUGCUCGUUACAACGUCAGGAAACACCAAGGGGAAGAGGGUGGUCAGUGAGAGAGUGGACAAGAGUGGUCCUACAAGCCCAGUGGGCACCAAGCUCCCUAUUGAGGACAAGGAAGGCCUGGCAGAAACUACUGCAGGUGGAUGGCAUAGCCUAAGCACCAAAGGAGGCACACAAGCCCAGGCUGGGAGGAAAUCCGAACAAAAGAGUCACACUGAGGCCAGUUAUGGACUUGGCGAGUAUGAUCCCUAUCCUCAGUCAACAGAUGGCCCCGAUACUGUGGGCAGUGCUGACCUUGACGUGGCCACGUCCCGUGAAGGGCAACUGGAGUAUUUGCGCUGGAAGAAGGAGCGUGAUGAAAUCGAUAAAGAGCGCGUGGCCCGCCACCGGAAUUCCCAAGGACAAUGGAGGAGGGCCUGGGACAUGGACAAACCAGAGCUUAUGUUUUCUGAGAAAGUGCAAGGGACACCAAAGAGAGGAACACAGAACAGAGGAGGUAGAAAACCAAGAGGGGGGCAUUUAAGAUCCUUGGCAGCAGAAUCUCGAGGUCACCCAGUUAGACAACAUGAUAAGAGAGGGAAGAAUGUUCCUGUGGUUGGCAGCAAAGCAAAAGGAAAGGAUCGUCUGACGGGCAGAGCCCGGAGAUGGGAUGCCAAAACAGAAGAGGAGCAAUUACAGGCAUGUUCUGAGACCAGUUUAGAAGAGUUUUUGGAGGAGCUGGAUGCUCUUUGUCAUCCUGAGGUUGACAGCAGCACUCCAGAUGCUGAUGCCCUGGAAGCAAAGCCUGGUGUGUCUGAGACAGUUGCAACCAACAGCCUUGUCUCUACAGAUGCAAAACCAGUGUUUCAACAUAUUCCUACAGCAUCAGCCAACUCGGAGACCUUGAGCUCCAAAAGCGCUGAGAAGAAGGUCCGCUUUUUGGAAGACAUCAUUCAGUUAGCGUGCGAGAAGAGCAACAACACUGACACAACAGAGACCAAGGCUUGUUCUUUAAAGAACACCUUACAGGCCAAAUCAGCUCCUGCAGAGGGGGAUACACAGCAGGCCUCCGAGUACCACCAGGAAAGUGUUAAAAAAUCCCAGGAACAAGAUGUCAUAAGCAUGCUCUUCACUGCUGUCCAAACAAAAACACCAGGUCAGGAAGAUGCCCAGGAGACUAGUGUUAAAGAACUUGUACAACCACCUCAGGGCUUCCAAAAGGAAGUAACUGGGAACCACUCUAAAGGAUCACCCUGUUAUACCCUCAGUUCUCAGAAUGGUAGCCAUGCUUCUGCUUCCACUGAACAAGAACUACUUCACCCUCUGAAAAAUAACACCUCCAGAAGUACUGAGGAGCUGAUUGACUCCAGUCUCUCAGUCUUGAGUUUGAAGCCUGAAGAGCCUGUCCCUGACCACAGCACUAGCACUGAUAAGGCCAGAGAGAAUGGGAAAAUAGUUUAAAUGGAGCUUUGCUUUGUAUUAACACCUGGGCCGAGACUUGGAGUUUAACCAAAAUUUGCAAAAGGCUGUGCUGAAAUCUGAACGCUGAAAUUUCUGUGUUGAAAUUUAAACGUUCUGUGUGGAACUAAUGCAAGGUUAUCACAACUUUUGUUUUACCUACGGUAACACAUUUUGCUAAAUUAUAGGACAUGGGUAACUUGAAUAUUGUUUUCACCGAAAACAGAAAAUGAGAAUGGGUGAUGAGAGAAAAGCAUCUGAAAGUAAUGCUAUUAUAUCUUGCUUUGAAAUUGUUUUUCAUACCUUCAGAGAUAAAUCUGAACCAUAUUUGUUUACCCUGAUUACCUUUUGUUAUAUGUGGCUACACCCAAAAAACCUAACAUUAACUGGGUUUUGGGAUUUCAUGAAUUUUAAAUAAAGCACAUUAGACUAAAAGCACUAUACAGCAUAUUGAAUGUUUAACUUAAAUUUUCUUUGUGGAGUUCUGGCAUUGCGUGUAUGCAGUUGCAAUACACAAUUUUUUGAACUGGUAGUAAAUCAGAUCUUCCCUGUAUGCUUGGUUCGAAUUGUAUACAAUUUUACACACAGUAUACCGGUACCUAGACAAACAUAUAAAUGAAAUGUUCAUUUGCUGUGGGAGCCUCCUCAACUAUCAGUUACAUUUAUUUUUGUAUGUACAUGUGUUUUUGGACUUGGAAUUUUGAGUGACAGUUUGAGCAAUGUUUACUGCUUUCAAUGAUUAUUAAAAGCACUUUAUUUUGUAUGAAUGUUAGAACAAUUUUGAGAGCUAUCACACCUUUAUGUCCAGAAGUAACUUAAGCUUCAACAGCCUUGUUUAAAAUAGAUUUUGUAAUUGCACAUGUUCUAAGAUAGGCCUGGAAUGAUGCACUUGUUACAGUAUCCACUGAUGAUUCAUAUUUUGAUUAUAGAUUUGCAAUAGGCUACUCCAAUAAGAUAAAUGAUUAAACAACUGUUCAUAAACAAAAUAAAGAUUAAAAUCAUUUGGAAUACAUUUCAAUGGGACAGAUAUGAUAGUUUUACCGUACCAUAUAAAUAUUUAUCUAUCUAUUAUACAUCUGUGAUAUUUCAGCUUUUUUAAUGUGACAUUACAUUUACAGGCCCAUUCUGAUCAUUUAGUAUUUGUAAAACUAUCAGUAGGUUUUUUUGAGUGUCUUAACUUAAAUUUUAACAUAAAUCAUCAGUAUUUAGUUUGAACAUAAAUUUAAUGACUAAUAUUUUAAAUAUUGCUGUAAUUAGUAUUUGAUACCAUUUGUCCUGUUGUGUUCACUCAGAUUUGAAAUGUAGUGCACUGCAUAAUAAAGAGACUUUGGCUGA